UGAGGCGCUCGCAGGCUAGGACUGAGCAUCCCGCGGAAAAGAGCUCUGACUCCGGGAAAAACGCUCGGCAGCCCCCAGAAACGCAUCGAAAAAUCGGCAAAAAAUUCAGGCAGGCUGCUGGUGAGCGGGCGGCGCGGCUGAGGCGGCUUCACAGAUCAUCACCCCCUUCAUCAUGCCACCUAAAAAGACUAAAUCGUCCACGGCUGCGGCGAGAGCGCCCACGGAGAGGGCCAUGGAUGAAAGUGACACAGCCCUGCCCGCUCCUGAGGAAGUCCGAGACGCCGGGGGGGAGCCGGCUGCUGAAGAGACUCCUAAGGAGGUGCUUGAUAAUAGAAGUUUAGAGGAGAUUCUGAGUAGCAUCCCUCCUCCCCCACCUCCAGCCAUGACCAAUGAAGCUGGAGCUCCUCGUCUCAUGAUAACCCAUAUUGUAAACCAGAACUUCAAAUCGUACGCCGGAGAGCGCGUCCUGGGGCCUUUCCAUAAGCGCUUUUCCUGUAUUAUCGGGCCCAAUGGCAGCGGAAAAUCCAACGUCAUUGACUCCAUGCUCUUUGUGUUUGGCUACCGAGCCCAAAAGAUCAGGUCCAAAAAGCUGUCGGUGCUGAUCCAUAAUUCCGACGAGCACAAGGAUAUUCAGAGCUGUACAGUGGAAGUGCAUUUCCAAAAAAUCGUGGACAAGGAGGGGGACGACUUUGAAGUCCUUCCCAACAGCAACUUCUAUGUGUCCAGAACCGCCUAUAAAGAUAACUCCUCCGUCUACCACAUUAGUGGGAAGAAGAAAUCUUUUAAGGAUGUUGGGGCUGUUCUCAGGAGCCACGGCAUUGACUUGGAUCACAACAGGUUUCUUAUCCUACAGGGUGAAGUUGAACAAAUCGCGAUGAUGAAACCUAAAGGACAAACUGAGCAUGAUGAAGGAAUGCUGGAAUAUUUAGAAGACAUUAUUGGCUCGGAGAGAUUGAAGGAGCCAAUUGAACUUCUUUGUCGCAGAGUUGAAGCCUUAAAUCAGCAGAGAGGGGAAAAGCUCAAUAGAGUGAAAUUAGUGGAAAAAGAAAAGGAUGCACUGGAAGGAGAGAAAAAUAAAGCCAUAGAAUUUCUCACUUUGGAAAAUGAAGCAUUUAAAAAGAAGAGUCAGAUCUGCCAAUAUUACAUACAUGAUUUACAGAAACGUACUAAGGAUAUGGAAGGUCAAAAACAAAAAAUUCAAGAAGAUACUAAGGAGAUCAGUGAAAAAAGUGCUUCGCUAUCUGAAGAAAUGAAAGAGAAGAAUAAAGCUUUGAAAGAUGUUGAAAAGCAGAUUAAUAAAAUCACCAAGUUUAUUGAAGAGAAUAGGGAAAAAUUUACUCAGUUGGACUUGCAAGAUGUUGAUGUACGUGAAAAGCUGAAGCAUGCAAAGAGCAAAGUAAAAAAGCUACAAAAGCAACUUCAAAAAGACAAGGAAAAGGUAGAAGAAUUAAGAAGUGUCCCUGCCAACAGCCAGAAGAUAAUUGAAGAGGCAAGCAAAAAAAAGGAAAUUCUAGAAAAGCAAAAAGAAAAGGAGGAGGAAAAGUUAAAAGAGGUUAUGGAUAGUCUGAAAAAAGAAACCCAAGGUUUACAAGAGGAAAAGGAGGUAAAAGAAAAGGAACUGAUGGAGUUGAACAAGAGUGUGAAUGAAACACGUUCAAAGAUGGAUGUUGCACAGUCUGAGCUGGACAUUUAUUUGAGCCGUCAUAAUACAGCAUUGUCCCAGUUAAAUAAAGCUAAGGAGGCAUUAAACAAUGCUUCAACCACACUGAAAGAGAGAAAAUCCGCCAUCAAGGAACUGGAGAUAAAGCUGCCCAAGUCUGAGGAAGAUCUUAAAAAGAAAGAGAGCGAGUUUGAGUCACUUGUGCAAGAAGAAAUGGCUGUAAAGAAUGAAGUCCGAGUCAUGCGUCAAAAAGUGGAAGAAGGAAGAAGUUCUUUAUCUGCAAAUCGUAGUAGAGGAAAAGUCCUUGAUGCUCUGAUUCAGCAAAAGAAGUUGGGAAAAAUCCCAGGCAUCUAUGGGAGAUUGGGUGACCUUGGAGCAAUUGAUGAAAAAUAUGAUGUUGCCAUUUCAUCCUCGUGCGGAGCCCUGGAUCAUAUUCUUGUGGAUACUAUUGAUACAGCACAAGAGUGUGUUAAUUUCCUGAAGAAACAGAACGUUGGGGUAGCAACAUUCAUUGGCUUAGACAAGAUGAAGGUGUGGGAAAAAGGAUUACACCCCAUUCAGACUCCUGAGAAGAUCCCUCGCUUGUUUGAUAUGGUGCAAGUUAAAGAUGAGCACAUAAGACCAGCAUUUUACUUUGCGCUAAGGGAUACACUUGUUGCUGAUAACUUGGAUCAGGCAACCAGAGUAGCCUUUCAGAAAGACAAGAGAUGGAGAGUGGUGACUUUACAAGGACAAAUCAUAGAGCAGUCAGGUACAAUGACUGGCGGUGGUGGCAAGGUGAUGAAAGGCAGAAUGGGAAAUUCUGUUGUUGCAGAAUUUUCUGAGGAACAGGUGCAAAAAAUGGAGGCUAAACUCAAGACUGACUCUGAAAAAGCUACAGCUCUUCAAGAUCGUAAGGUACAUCUUGAGGAAGAGCUGACUAAACUGCGGCAGUCAACCAGAGAGAUGAAAAACACAUUUGAGAAGUACACUGCCAGUCUGCAGAGUCUUUCUGAACAAGAAAUACAUCUGAAAGCACAAGUCAAAGAGUUAGAGGUCAAUGUAGCUGCUGCAGCUCCAGACAAAAAGCAACAAAGCCAAAUGGAAAAAGCAUUGGAAACGUUUAGAAAAGAAUUUGAGAAGGCAGCUGAAAAGGCUGGAAAAGUAGAAGCAGAAGUGAAGAGACUUCAUACUCUGAUAGUUGAUAUCAACAAUCACAAGUUGAAAGCGCAGCAAGAUAAACUGGACAAGCUCAACAAGGAGAUGGAUGAGUGUGUGUCCUCUAUUACAAAAGCACAAGUGUCAAUCAAGACUGCAGACAGAAACCUCAAAAAAGCAGAGGAAACUGUUGUCCGCACUGAAAAGGAAAUUGUUGACAAUGACAAAUCAAUAGAAGAAUUGUCUGAAAACUUGAAAACCCUAGAGGAAAAGGCAACAGCUGUCAUGAAUGAAUGCAAGGAGGCCGAGGGUUCACUUGGUGAGAUUCAAGAAAAGCACAAAGAUUUGCUGCAAGAAAUUAAAGCUAUUCAGGAUAAGGAACAUGCCCUUCAAAAAGACGCACUUAACAUCCGGCUGAAAAUUGAGCAGAUAGAUGGUCAUAUAGCAGAACAUCAGUCUAAAAUAAAAUACUGGCAAAAAGAGAUAUCAAAACUUUCACUUCAUAAAAUAGAAGACAAUCCAGAGGAAGUUCUUCCCGUCUUAACUCAGGAAGAGCUAGAAGCAAUAAAGGAUCCUGAUCAAAUAAAUAAUCAAAUAGCACUGUUGGAAGCAAAGAGUCAUGAGAUUAAGCCGAACCUUGGAGCUAUUGCGGAAUAUAAAAAGAAGGAAGAACUUUAUUUGCAAAGAGUUGCUGAACUUGACGAAAUUACAAAUGAGAGAGACCGUUUUAGACGAGCUUAUGAAGAUCUUCGUAAGCAGAGACUUAAUGAGUUUAUGGCUGGAUUUAAUGUCAUAACAAAUAAGCUGAAGGAGAACUAUCAGAUGCUGACUUUGGGAGGAGACGCAGAGCUGGAACUUGUGGACAGCUUGGAUCCAUUUUCAGAGGGCAUCAUGUUUAGUGUAAGACCACCAAAGAAAAGUUGGAAGAAGAUAUUUAAUCUUUCAGGCGGGGAGAAGACCCUAAGUUCAUUAGCUUUGGUUUUUGCUCUUCACCACUAUAAGCCAACACCACUGUACUUCAUGGAUGAGAUCGAUGCUGCUCUAGACUUCAAGAAUGUGUCAAUUGUUGCAUUUUAUAUUUAUGAGCAAACUAAAAAUGCCCAGUUCAUAAUCAUAUCAUUGCGUAACAACAUGUUCGAGAUUGCUGACAGACUAAUUGGAAUUUAUAAGACUCAUAACACAACCAAAAGUGUGGCAACAAAUCCGAAAAUAAUUGCCUCCAAAGGCCUUGCUGAACUUGCUGCGACACAGUGUGCCUGAACUGCAUUCUAAGGAAAUGCUGCCUAAUUGCAGGUCGUAAGUCUGCAGAGGUCUCAAAGCUAAAAUGGACUGCAUACCCUUAUAAGAUAUAAACUAUUGUCCUUCCAUAUUACCCUACAUGCCUCUGUUUCACCUUAAUAGGUUUUUUUUACACAUCCAGCCUAUCCUUAGGAUACAAACCAAACUAAUUGGCCAAUGUCUCACUGGACUGCCAUGGCCCUGACACAGCAACAUCCAUACAAGUCUCGCUGUGCCUAGUACUGCAGCUCAGCUGAUUAGUGUUGGACCUCCACCAGCUGUACAUCCAUGCCUGUCCUAAAGAUAGACCAUCAGUGUCAAAACACCUUUAAGGGUAGACUUUUCGGAUGCUGCUAUACUGAUAACGGGCUGUAAUUUGGCCUCAGUUCUGUUAUCAGUCACAAGAAUAAACCAGAAGUUUAGGAAAGCUAUCUGCUUUGUGUAGCAGAAACAUUGCAUGGGUUCUGUUCACCUGUGGGACGAUUCUGGAAUUGUUGUCUUUUGACAUGUAUAGGUAAAUCUGUAUCCACCAAACAAUUUACAAUUUUAGACAGGUAGAUGGCAUCCAUGCAAUUUUUCUGCUGCAAUUGUCAGUUUAAAUGUUGAAUAAUUUUCUUUCCAUUAUUUUGUCAUGUGGCAUUUGUGUCAAAGGGGUAAUCCCAUCUCCGAACACGUCGCCCACCACUUAACCUCAUCCUCCAGCCUGAAUGGUGUGGUCAAGACUAUGGAAACAGUGGAGUGGACUGUGCUAAGCCAUUGUUGUAGCUCCUGUACAAGGGAACUGGAGUUGCAGAAGUGGAGUAGCCUAGUGAGCUUACGGUUUUUAUAACUUGUGAAGUGUGGGCCUACAUCUAUCAGACAUCAAUGACAUAUCCCAUGAAUAUGCCAUACAUGUUAGAUGGAAAUACGCCUUUUAAAUGUGUGUAUAUAUUUUUUUUAACCUAUAAAUGUGUAUUUCCAAUAAAAUAUGAACAUGAAA